AUGUCUUUGGUGGUAGACAAAUAUAUACAGUUGCAUCAGGAGUAUCGAAUACUUCAUCUUUUGAAUCAUAGGAAUAAGAAUCAGCAUAGGGUAGCAACAUGGUGGAAAUGGUUUAACAUGCUUAGGAGGAGUGUAGGUGAUGUGGUUGAGAUUCUGCAACCACUCGGGAGGAGAAAAAACCAGAAGCUUAAGGACAAGAAGGAUGGUAGGUUUCUGUACCGCACGCUACACAAGUUCUUUCAAAUGGAGAGCAAGUUAUAUUAUAGUUUUAAUAAUAUUAUUAAACUAGGCCAGUUUAUAACACUCGGAGUUGUCCUUGUCGGAAUAUUGGGACGGGUUCAUUCUAUUUAUCAUGAGAUUUUUGAACUAUACAAAGAACAAUUCAUCAGCAUGGGCUGUCUCAGGGUACCUAAGAAAAACGCUCAAAUUGAAGAAGCACAUGUCACUAAUAAUGAUAACGAAGAACUAGGCGAACUUAUAAAUGAUGCCGAUGUGCUCAUAGAGCCGUCUGCUCUACUGAAACAAGAUGUAAUUCUGAGCAAAAACAUUAAGAAUGAGAGCAAAUCUAGUAAGGACAAAAAGAAGAAGAAGAAAAAGAAGAAAGGCUCAGCUAUCGACGAUUUGUUUGGUUAG